GUUAUUCAGAUGAGGAAACCGAGAGUUAAAGGGGCCGAAAUAAGCAGCGCCAGAGCUCCACUGUAUUCACGGCCGCUACUGCGGCAUCCCGGCAGCCUCGGCCCUUAGCAGAUGUCCCCUCAUCCGCCCCGAGGCACCCUCUUCCCUAGUCUGGUUUUUCAGGGGCCAUCUCUGGCGCACCCCGCCGGGCUGCCGGCGUCCCUGGUGCCCGGAGACAGGCCCCGCCCCGCCGCCGGUCCUCGAACUCCUGGCUGCCAGGCAACCCUGGCGCAUAGCCCGGGCGUCACUGCUCCACCCCGUCAGGCUGAACCAUUCCCUUCAGAGACUUUCUCAAGAGGGAAGGAGAAAAAGGAACUUGAUGGAACGCCUGAAAGCUGUUCUGCUGCCGUUUUCUCUCCUUAAUUUGAACGAACACUUCUUUUCUUCUUCUAGCCAACUACCUCCUGAAGGGCAACGCGGCAAUUCGCCUCUCCCGCCAGCAUGUCCCCCCCACCAGUCCAGGGCCGCGAGUGGUUCGGCUCGUCAGGGAGGCCGGCGGUCGGCGCGGGUUGGCUCUGAAGCGGGGGCGCGCGCCCGACGUGCGCGUAGGGGGCGGGGCCGCGCGCAGAGGGCGGGGAGGUGGGCAAGAUGGCGCCUGCGGAGUGAUUCUCCUCGGAUCCCUCCUGCCGGCGCGGAGACACCGGGGCGGGGGUCCUGCAGCCGCUACCUCCCUUCCUCCUCUCCCCGCCCCCGGAGCCUUCCUCCUUCCCUUCCCCCCUCCACCUCGGGGGGCGGGCCUGGUUCCCGGGACACCAUGUCGGACUCUGAGGAGGAGAGCCAGGACCGGCAACUGAAAAUCGUCGUGCUGGGGGACGGCGCCUCCGGGAAGACCUCCUUAGCUACGUGUUUUGCUCAAGAAACUUUUGGGAAACGGUACAAACAAACUAUAGGACUGGAUUUCUUUUUGAGAAGGAUAACAUUGCCAGGAAACUUGAAUGUUACCCUUCAAAUUUGGGAUAUAGGAGGGCAGACAAUAGGAGGCAAAAUGUUGGAUAAAUAUAUCUAUGGAGCACAGGGAGUCCUCUUGGUAUAUGAUAUUACAAAUUAUCAAAGCUUUGAGAAUUUAGAAGAUUGGUAUACUGUGGUGAAGAAAGUGAGCGAGGAGUCAGAAACUCAGCCACUGGUUGCCUUGGUAGGCAAUAAAAUUGAUUUGGAGCAUAUGAGAACAAUAAAACCUGAAAAACACUUACGGUUUUGCCAGGAAAAUGGUUUUAGUAGCCACUUUGUCUCAGCCAAGACAGGAGACUCUGUCUUCCUGUGCUUUCAGAAAGUUGCUGCUGAAAUCCUUGGGAUCAAAUUAAACAAAGCGGAAAUAGAACAGUCACAGAGGGUGGUGAAGGCAGAUAUUGUAAACUACAACCAGGAACCUAUGUCAAGAACUGUUAACCCUCCUAGAAGCUCUAUGUGUGCAGUUCAGUGAGCGCAUUUUUCUUUUGUGUUGAUAGUUCUGGCUGCCCUUCACCUCUGGGUGGGCCUGAGGACUUCUAGGAACUUGUUUUAUCAGUGACCAUCUCUGUAGUUCAGUUAACACUUUCCUCCCAACUUGCUUCAUCAUUGCUGUUGCCUCACAGUGGCAGGCCGCUCCUUGGAUUUGAAAGAAUUCAACUUUGGGACCACACACUUUGAAUUCAAAAUGGAAAACCCAUUCCCUGGACUUAGACUGCUUCGUUGCAAAAGAAUGAUGAUGCUUCUUUAUAUGUCCUUGCUUCUUUUUUCAGUGAUGUAAAUUUUUUUAACUUAAUAUGAAAACUAUCCAAGUCUUGAUCAUCAGCCAGGAUUUUGCCACAGCAAUUUCAUUCUCUUAUCGGAACCUGUAUGCGUCAAAGUAUACUUCAGAGUGCAAACAUUAAGCAAGUAAUAUAUUUUACCUACAGAUACUUAUGAAGACAUUCUUUAGCUAUCUAUUGUGACUAAAAGUAUAUAAGGCUGUAUCUAACUGAAAAUGCUUGAAAUAAGGCUGUAAUAGAAAUAUUUUUUCAUUUUUUAAAAAAGGGCCUAAAUUGUUUAUAUUGUAGUUUGUAACUCACAAAGUAGUGAGUAUUUGAUAUUGUAUUUUUAUUACUGUAUCAUUGUCAUUAUGUAUUGUGUAAUACUCAGGUUUGAAGGCUUUCUGAAUUUUGAUAAAUGUUCAGCUGAUGCUCCACAUGGAAUUUCUCUUGCAAACUGCAUAAGAGUACUCCCGCAAAUGAGUUACGACAUUGUGGAUCAGACUGUACCUGAUGUUCAGAUGUUUUUCUUUCAUGAAUAAAUUUAUUUAAAUUAC